AUGGCGCAAGAUGAGGAGCGGCCGACCGCCGCGGAAAAGGGAAAGGGGAAGGUCGACGACAUAAACGGAGAGAAAGGGAAAGGAAGGACUGCCCCUGAAAAAGAUGGCAAGCCAACUGUUAAUGGCAAGGUCAUCGAAGGCUUGCCCGAAGAUGAACUCAAUGAGGAAGACGCGCAGCUGAAGUCAGAGCUCGAGAUGCUGGUAGAACGGUUACAGGAGCCUGAUACAAACCUCUACAAACCCGCACUCGAUGCCAUCAAGAACUUCAUCAAGACCUCGACAUCUUCCAUGACAGCAGUCCCGAAGCCGCUCAAGUUCCUCAGACCUCAUUAUGACGAGCUUACAGCAGUCUACGAGAGAUGGCCAUCGGGCCCCGACAAAGAUUCAUUGGCGGAUAUGCUGUCUGUUUUGGGCAUGACAUAUGGCGAUGAAGAAAAGCUGGAAACUUUGAAGUACAGGUUAUUAUCACAAUCCGACGAUCUUGGAUCAUGGGGUCACGAAUACAUUCGGCAUCUUGCCCUCGAAUUGGGUGAAGAAUAUCAAAAUAGGCUGACGGACGACAAAGAUGUACAAGAUCUGGUUGAUUUGGCACUUUCGCUUGUCCCCUAUUUCCUGAGUCACAAUGCGGAAGCAGAUGCUGUGGAUCUGCUGAGUGAGCUUGAGAUGAUUGAGAAGAUACCGCAGUUUCUCGACGAGAAUAACUUCUCCAGAGUCUGCCUGUAUAUGGUCAGCAUGGUCAACCUCCUCACCUAUCCUGAAGACCACCAAUUUCUGAGAACAGCCCAUGACAUAUAUGUUCAGUACAACAAACUUGCCCAGGCAGUUGUCAUCGCCAUCAGGCUCAAUGAUCUCGAUCUGAUUAGGAAAGAUUUUGAUUCGACUACGGACGCGGCGUUGAAGAAGCAGAUGGCUUUCCUGGUCGCUCGACAACAAAUAUGGCUGGAUGUGUCUACAGAGACAGAGGAGGAUCAGGAGCUUGCGGAGUGCUUGAACAACGUUCAACUCCCGAAUCAUUUCAAAUCGCUUGCGAAAGAACUAAACAUACUAGAUCCGAAGAUGCCUGAGGAUAUUUACAAAACUCAUCUAGAGAAUAACAGAACAGGCGGCACAUCAGCAGAGUCUGCACGACACAAUCUGGCGAGUGCAUUUGUUAAUGCUUUCGUGAACGCUGGUUUUGGCAACGAUAAGAUGAUGCUUGUGGAAGGCCAUGAAACAUGGGUUCGGAAAACAAAGGACGAUGGCAUGUUGUCGACAACAGCCUCGAUGGGCAUGCUUCUACAGUGGGACGUCGAGGGCGGCCUUGAUAAGAUUGAUAAAUUCAACUACGCGGAAGAUCCUAUUAGUGCCGGCGCCCUACUUGCUACCGGCAUUUUGAACUCUGGCGUACGUAUGGAAGCUGAUCCAGCAUUGGCACUGCUUGGGGAUGCAGACAACCUACAACAUAAGAGUACUUCGAUGAGGAUGGCGUCCAUCAUGGGUCUGGGAUUGUCACACGCAGGUUCGAACAAAGAGGAACUUCUUGACCUUCUGCUGCCCAUCGUCGAGGACUCGUCGGUGGAUAUGCAGCUCUCUGCCAUGGCGGCGGUCUCCUUGGGAAUGAUCUUCGUCGGUUCUUCGAAUCAUCAAGUCAGUGAAGGUAUUGCAACCACACUUAUGGAUGAGGACCGGCAAAAGCAGAUGAAGGAUAAGUGGACACGGUUCUUGGCCCUCGGUUUAGCAUUGCUGUACUUUGGGAAACAGGAGCAAGUCGAUGUGGUCCUUGACAUCCUAAAAGCUAUCGACCAUCCUAUGGCGAAACCAACUGCAGUUUUGGCCUCUGUCUGCGCCUGGGCUGGGACCGGAACUGUUUUGAAGCUCCAAGAAUUGCUCCACAUCUGCAACGAGCACAUUGAAGACAAAGAUGAGAAGAAAGGGGAGGAGCUUGUGCAGUCGUAUGCAGUGCUUGGUCUGUCAUUGAUUGCGAUGGGCGAGGACGUUGGGCAAGAGAUGGUUCUCCGUCAAUUUGGCCAUCUGAUGCAUUAUGGUGAAGCCAAUAUUCGCAAAGCUGUCCCCCUUGCCAUGGGCUUGAUCAGCCCCAGUAACCCUCAGAUGAAAGUAUAUGAUACGCUGUCGCGGUAUAGCCACGACAAUGACAAUGAUGUGGCUGUCAACGCGAUAUUUGCCAUGGGCUUGGUUGGUGCGGGCACCAAUAACGCCCGUCUGGCUCAAUUAUUACGACAAUUGGCCAGUUACUAUCACCGUGACCCGAACUCAUUGUUUAUGGUGCGGAUAGCACAAGGUCUGCUACACAUGGGCAAAGGCACUAUGUCGGUCAACCCGUUCCACACCGAUCGACAAGUUCUCUCAAGGGUAGCUGCUGCUGGUCUGUUGACAGUUCUUGUGUCAUUGAUCGACGCAAAACAAUUUAUCCUUGCCGAAUCGCAUUAUCUCCUGUACUUCCUCGUCACCGCCAUGCAUCCUCGAUUUUUGGUCACACUUGAUGAGAAUCUCAAGCCAUUGACUGUUAACGUCCGGGUCGGUCAAGCGGUGGACGUUGUUGGUCAAGCCGGCAGACCGAAGACUAUCACUGGCUGGCAGACCCAAAGUACGCCGGUGUUACUAGCAUACGGAGAGCGAGCAGAGCUUGAGGAUGAGGAGUAUUUGUGCUUGAGUAGCACUCUUGAAGGACUGGUGAUCUUGCGCAAGAAUCCAGAAUGGGAGGAUACCUCGAAGUAA